AUGAGUUAUGAAUCUGAAAUUGUAAAAAAUGCUUGGAAACCCAUAGAGAUAGAAAUCUUCGAAAGCGAUAAAGAACUAAAUCCACGUGUUGGUUGUAGCAAUGACAUAUUAAGUCAAAUUAUCGAAGUUGUAAGUUCUAAUGGAAUAAAACCAAGUAAUUCUAAUGAUGAUGAGAAAGAUGACUCUAAAGGGAAGAAAAUAGUCAAUUCAUUUAGUUGGGGGAAUAUUAAAACUAUUCUAAAGAAAUAUGCCAAAUUUAUUGGUCCUGGUAUUAUGAUUAGUGUCGCGUAUAUCGAUCCUGGUAAUUAUUCUACUGCUGUCGAUGCUGGUGCAUCAAACCAAUUUUCUUUAUUAUGUAUAGUAUUGGUCUCUAAUAUUAUUGCCAUAUUUUUACAAUGCCUUUGUAUUAAAUUGGGCUCUGUCACUGGUUUGGAUUUAUCUCGUGCCUGUAGAGAGUUUUUACCAAGAUGGUUAAACUUAAUUUUAUAUUUUUUUGCAGAAUGUUGUAUUAUUGCAACUGACGUUGCUGAAGUCAUCGGUACCGCAAUUGCGCUGAAUAUUUUAAUCAAAGUUCCAUUACCUGCAGGUGUUGCUAUAUCAGUUGUUGAUGUCUUCAUUAUCAUGAUAUUCUAUCGUCCAGGUUCAUCUUCGAUGAAUGUAGUCAGAUAUUUUGAAUAUGGUGUGGGUAUGUUAGUUAUCGCCGUAUUUAUUUGUUUUUGCAUCGAAUUAUCAUAUAUCCCAGAUACUACAUCUGCUGGCCAAGUAUUCAGGGGAUUCGUACCCUCUGCUCAGAUGUUUAAAAACAAUGGUAUUUAUACAGCAAUUUCAAUUUUAGGUGCUACUGUGAUGCCACAUUCUAUGUUUUUAGGUUCUGGUUUGGUUCAACCAAGAUUACUAGAAUAUGAUUUAGACAAUAAUAAUUAUUCAAUGACCGAUUCUGCGUUGGAGGGGAAGAAAAGUAAAGAACAAAUUAUGGAAGAAAGAUAUUUUGAUUAUAGACCAACUUUAGAUGCAAUCAAAUAUUGUAUGAAGUAUUCGAUAAUUGAGUUAGUAUUGACAUUGUUAAGUUUUGCUCUUUUCAUCAAUUGUGCAAUUUUAAUUGUUGCAGGUGCUACUCUUUAUGGUUCACCAGAAGCUACUGACGCUGAUCUAUAUACCAUCCACGACCUGUUAUCUAGGAAUUUAUCAUCCGGUGCAGGUACGAUAUUCAUGCUGGCAUUAUUAUUAAGUGGGCAAUCUGCUGGUAUUAUUUGUACUAUGGCAGGUCAGAUUGUAAGUGAAGGCCAUAUUAAAUGGAAAUUAGUUCCAUGGCAAAGACGUUUAGUGACGAGAUGCAUCUCCAUCAUUCCAUGUUUAGUGAUCUCAAUCUGUAUUGGUAGGGAAGCACUGUCACUUGCUUUGAAUUCUUCUCAAGUUGUACUAUCCAUCUUACUACCAUUUUUAACGGCCCCAUUAAUUUAUUUCACCAGUAAGAAAUCUAUUAUGAAGACAGAAGUAUUAUUAAAGGACACUGACGAAGUUUCGGAAGAUGAGAAUUCUGUCGAUGGUGAUUUACAGGUGGAGAAUGGGCAACGGACCAAGACUGUUUAUAUGGCUAAUAACUGGUUUACUACGAUUAUAGGAAUCUUGAUUUGGAUCUUUUUAAGUAUUUUAAACAUUUACGGUAUUGUACAAUUGGGUAUUACUGGCCAACCAUAA